AUGGAGAACAAAAGAAUGACCAUGUUAGUUGUGUUCAUGAUGUUGGUGAUGGGAAACAUUUUGAUUGAAACAGAGGCUAUAGCUUUUAAGGAAUGUUACACACCUUGUGUUGUGGCGUGCGGUAGUGUUGCGCAUGGGAUUACUAAAGCUAUGUGUCCUUUCACGUGUCUUAAGGAAUGUAUACAUUCUAAACCUUCUUCGGUUGCAAAUCUAAAAGAAACUGACCAUACUGAUUUUUUCUGCAAACUCGGAUGUGCUACCACUCGUUGUCUUUCAUCUGCCUCAAUCGAAGAUAAGGAUCAUGUGGAGAAAGUUUCAGUAUGCGUGGAUUCAUGUUCAGAUAUGUGCUCCCGCAAGAACUAA